CAUCAUGGCCAGCCCCAGAACGAGGAAAGUUCUGAAAGAAGUGAGAGUGCAGGAUGAAAACAACGUGUGUUUUGAGUGUGGUGCAUUCAAUCCUCAGUGGGUGAGUGUGACUUACGGCAUCUGGAUCUGCCUGGAGUGCUCGGGGAAGCACCGCGGGCUCGGGGUGCACCUCAGCUUCGUGCGCUCCGUGACCAUGGACAAGUGGAAGGACGUGGAGCUGGAGAAGAUGAAAGCUGGAGGGAACGCGAAAUUCCGGGAGUUCCUGGAGUCUCAGGAGGACUAUGACCCCUGCUGGUCCCUGCAGGACAAGUACAACAGCAAGGCCGCAGCCCUCUUCAGGGACAAGGUGGCCACUCUGGCUGAAGGCAGAGAAUGGUCUCCCGAGUCAUCGCCUGCUCAGAACUGGACCCCACCCCAACCCAAGACACUGCCGUCUACUGCCCACCGAGCCUCUGGCCACCCACAGAACUCGACCUCCUCCUCAGACAAGGCAUUUGAAGACUGGCUUAAUGAUGACCUGGGCUCCUAUCAGGGGGCCCAGGAGAACCGCUAUGUGGGGUUUGGGAACACAGUGCCGCCCCCGAAGAGGGAUGAGGACUUCCUCAGCAGCGCUGUGUCGUCCCUGUGCUCGGGCUGGAGCAGUUUUACCACCGGAGCGAGCAAGUUUGCCUCGGCCGCUAAGGAGGGGGCAACCAAAUUUGGAUCUCAAGCAAGUCAGAAGGCUUCGGAGCUGGGCCACAGUCUGAAUGAGAACGUCCUCAAACCUGCCCAGGAGAAGGUGAAAGAGGGAAAGAUUUUUGAUGAUGUGUCCAGUGGGGUGUCUCAGUUGGCGUCCAAGGUCCAGGGGGUUGGCAGUAGGGGAUGGCGGGACGUCACCACGUUCUUCUCUGGGAGAGCAGAGGACCCAUCGGACAGACCCCUGGAGGGCCAGAGCUACCAGAACAGCGGUGGGGACCACCCCCAGAACCGCGCCAUGGACCAGAGCUUCUGGGAGACCUUCGGGAGUGCCGACCCCAACAAGGGCCACAGGUCCCCGAGCAGCGACAGCUGGACGUGCGCGGACGCCUCAGCCGAGAAGAGGAGCUCGGACAGCUGGGACGUGUGGGGCUCGGGCUCCGCGUCCAACCAUAAGAACAGCGAUCACAGCGACCUUGGGGAGGCCUGGGGGGGCAGUGGGGAGGGCAGAGCCAAGACCGCCAAGAAGGCCGUGCUGCCCGCCGAGCCGGUGGACGACGGCUGGGACGACCAAGACUGGUAGGG